GAAGUGAAUUUUCAACAAGCGAUAAAACAUUUGCGAUCGAUUCUUUUUUUUUUCAGUACAACCAAAUGGAGGAUAGACCAUGGCGAUAAAAUACAAAGUAAUGGUUUUACUUCUUCUGAUAACAAGCCAGGACAACCAAAACAGAUUUGUUGCGGCAUCCAAAAGUUGUGAUUGUGCGUGUAAUUCCGCUGGCGUUACAUACGAUGAUCUUGAUCCAGUUACUCAGGAAAAAGUCAACAACAUCACAAAAGAACUGAAGGUUGAUACAAGAAAUACUAGCUCUCAUACCCGUACCCUCAUAUCUGCGUCAGACCCAAGACCAUCAGCACAGGCCGCCGGCUUCAUAGGGAUAAUAAUACUUUCCAUUGUGUUUGGAUCACUCGUGUUAUUAGAUCUGACUCGUUUUUGUUUCAGAUCAGAAAUAAAGUAUAUUGACUGAGAGCAUAAAUGUGUUUAAUCAAUAUAUUUGAAAGUUCAGAAGAAAUAUUGAUGUUACAAAGCACUUUUUAUCCAGAAACAACUCAGCUUCUCUGAAGAAAAAAAAAAAAACAAGAUAAUUUCUCUCAUUUUAGAAAUCUUUUUAACAUUGUUCACGGCUGAAUUGCUUAUAUUGCUAGAUACCUAUUUUUAAGUUACAAACAUUCGUAAAGCCUUCCACAUAGUCUAAAUUAGAAUGGAACUUAUUUGUGUAGGGAAAAAAGGCAUUGUAAGCCAACCCCCACCUACCCCUUACACAAACAUUGUAAGAAACUUCCUUUUUCUCUUUUAUUUGUUUAUUUAUUUGAUUAUUAGCAUUACAUGUAUUAGACUUUUUUAACAGAUUUAAAAUUUUAGCCUGUAUGUUUUAAAGCAUUCCUCCCUUUAAAAAGAAAAUAGAAACUUAGCCCACCCAAACCAGAGAACCCCCUUGCAAAGAAAGAAGCAUCGAUUCUUUUCGCACAACAAAUCUUGUGACUAAGAUUAAAAUUUGACAACUGUGUAAUUUUUUAUCCAAUAAACAUAGUACCUAUAUCA